CGCGUUCGUCUCGAAAGUGCUCGCGAAAAGUUUCUCAAAGAGAGACGCGUGUCGGAAGAAUGGUGAAUAUGCAAGGAUCCAGCGAGGAACAGACGGUGACAGCCUCGCCGCCGCCGCGAGCUGCCCUCAAGAGCAGCUUCAGCAUCCGCAGCAUCCUGCCGGAGGCGUGCGCCGGCACUCCAGCGCCAAGCGUCAGUCGAUCGGUCUCGCCCGAGAUCACGAGACAUAUUGACGACAGCGAUGAUUCCAGCGAUCUGGACGUGACCGGGGACGGUGGCAACGAGACUCCACCGCUGGACUGCUCGAGGAACUCGGCGGUCAAUUCGGCGAUCAACGCGAGCCCAGCCGCGACGACGGCUACGGCGAAUACCGCCGAGCAAAAAGACUUGAAAGAUCGGCAAAGUACCGACGACAAGAAAAAGUGCGAGAAACCGCCUUACAGCUACAACGCGCUCAUCAUGAUGGCCAUUCGGCAGAGCCCGGAGAAGAGGCUGACCCUGAACGGCAUCUACGAGUACAUCAUGCGUCACUUUCCGUACUACGAGAACAACAAGCAGGGCUGGCAAAACUCGAUCAGGCACAACCUCUCGUUGAACAAGUGUUUCGUCAAGGUUCCACGGCACUACGACGACCCGGGCAAAGGGAAUUACUGGAUGCUUGACCCGAGCUCGGAGGACGUGUUCAUCGGCGGGACGACCGGCAAGCUCCGCAGGAGAACGACGGCCGCGUCGAGAUCGCGACUGGCCGCGUUCAAGAGGAGCGUCGUCCUCGGCGGUCUGUACCCAUCGGCGUACGGGCCGCCAGGGUGGCCAGCCUCGCUGUACACGCUCCCGUAUCUGCACCGGGCAGCCGCCGCCGGUUAUCCGGCAGCGACCGGCGCCUACUCCACCACUCCCGCCGGUUAUCCAGCGAGUUUGUUACCCGGCGCGGCCACCAACUCGGCCGCCGCCAGUUUGCCGUGUAAACCGCAGCCGCUGCCAGCCACCGCCGCGCCUCCGCCGCAACACGGCCCGUUCUCCAUGGAGAGGUUGCUUCAGCCUCCGACCGCCGCUGGAUAUCCGGCCGGGAUCACCCCGUCCGGCAUCCCGUUGCCGGAAUGCCGGAACCCCUACGACUUUUACUCGACCCUGAGAUCGUUGGCCGCGCAUCAGCAACAUCAGAGCAACGCGGCGGUGUUUGCCCACAGUCAGCAGCCAGCAGCCACCAGGUACCACGUGAGUCAGCCGCCGUCGACGCCUCUUUUGGGACAGCCGGCGUCCGCUACCGCCUCGCCGGGCAGCAGUCCCGAACCGAUGUCGCCUCACUCUUCUCCGCCCGUCACCAUUUGCAAUUCCGUCGCCGUGCAACAACAGCCGAGAUCUCUUACGCACAAUCCGCCUCAGUUGCUGCUUAAACCGAUUACCGUUCUCACCGGAAGGCAAAGCUGAACCAUCUCCUCCUCCUCCUCCUCCUCCUCCUCCUCCUUCUCGUUGCUUUAACUUUUUGCCCCUUACCCUUUCCUCCCUAAUGUACCGAGCGCAACGUUGCACGUUGCCACGGUUUCUCCCUUUCUCUCCCAGGAGGAGCAGGAGGAGGAGAAAGCUGCAGUUGACUCUGCAUCCGACGACCCGUCUCGACCGUUAUCGCGGGUACCAUUCUAUGUGUCUAGCGUCUUCAUCCCCCUUUUCUUUUCCGAGAUGGAAAUUCUUUCCAAAAAAACUUGCGACUUUGAACUUUUAAAAGUAGGUAUCGAUACCUUGUCGCGACAAUGUGAUCGAUCGAUUGUAACAGAGUAAUAUAUUGUCGUUGUAAAUAUUCACAAGGUUCGUUUAGAUGAUCUCUCUCUGAAUCGCCGGAUCUCCAGGACCCACGGCACACCCACCUAGAUGUGUAACAUCUGGCAGCCUGCGGUAAUCGAGAUUCGUCGACGUUGUUAAAUUAUGUACAUAGUUAAUAAUUGUUAUUCGUAAGAUAUAGACGUCUUUGUGUAUAUAUGUAAUGUAUACAUCCAAAGAUCGUGGAUAUAUGUUGCACGAGCAACGUGCGUAUAAUUGUUGAAAUAAAUGUUCCAAUUUUCUAAA